AUGCAGGAAUCCAAGAUCAACCUCCGCUGGGCAACAGCGCCAGAAUACCACCCCAGCCCGCGGUCCUGUUGGAGGAGAGUCACCGAGGCCGUAAUUCUCAUGCUCGUUGUCACUUUCAGUUAUUUGCAGUGGCAUCUCCGGUUUAUACAAGCUCUGGUGUACCCUGGCAACAGCAUUUUUGAUAGGGUGCCUUUGAUCGAUGGACACAACGACUUUCCCAUAUGGAUCCGGGCGUACUAUCAGAACCACAUCUACCAAGACAACUUCACGCAAGAUGCACCGCUUUAUGGACAAGUAGAUUUUCCGCGUUUGCGCCAGAGCCGCCUUGGAGGACAAUUCUGGAGUGUAUACGUUGAAUGUCCGAACAAUAGCAGCGAGUACUCAGACUCAGCAUACAGGGAGAUCAUCCACGACACGCUGCAGCAGAUCGACCUGGUCUACCGGCUGAUCGAGGAGUAUCCCUCCGAUCUGGUGCACGCACGCACAGCUGCCGACGUUUACAGGCAGUUCGGGUCCGGCGAUGGGAGGAUAUCCUCACUACUUGGCAUCGAGGGCCUGCACCAGAUCGGCAACAGCGUAAGCAUCUUGCGCAUGUACCAUGCGCUGGGCGUACGGUACGCCACGCUGACGCAUACGUGCCACAACGCGUACGCCGACAGCGAAGCGCCGGCGGCGCCACUGCACGGCGGGCUAUCGGCACGCGGAUGGCAGCUUGUCCGGGAGAUGAACCGGCUUGGCAUGGCCGUGGACUUGUCGCACACGAGUGCGGCCACGCAGCGCGACGCCAUUGCGGCCAGCGCCGCGCCCGUCAUGUUCUCGCACAGCAACGCCUACGCGCGUUACCACCACUCGCGCAACGUGCCCGACGAUGUGCUCGCCGCGCUCCGCCGCAACGGCGGCAUUGUCAUGGUCACCUUUUACCCCGCGUUCCUCGAGGCGGAUCCAGCCGCUGCGUCGCUCGACUCGGUCGCCGACCAUAUCCAAUCCAUUGGCGAGGCCAUUGGCUACCGCCACGUCGGCAUCGGGUCCGACUUUGACGGUAUGCCCGCGGGGCCGCGCGGGCUCGAGGACGUCACGAGAUACCCUGACCUCAUCUCUGCGCUGCAGGACCGGGGACUCGCGUCCGCCGACAUUGCGGGCAUCAUGGGUCUCAACGUGCUCCGGGUGCUGGAGGCCGUCGAGUGUGUCUCUGAGCAAAUGCGCGAUGUACGGCCGCUGGAAGAUGAUGUAAAAGCAUUCUUUGGUGCCUAG